AUGGAUUUAAUCCGUGACUCCACCUUUGGUCAGCUAGUGCGCUUGGCUACUGGGAACAAAGUAUUCAAAUAUCCCGAGGAAAAGGAAGGAUUUAGCUGGGCAGCACUGGAUGCCUUGCAAGCACAAGAGAAACAGAGUCACUUUCAAAAUGAAGGCAUUGACCAACCUCUCGAGAAAGUUGCCGAGUCAGAGGAAGACAGCGAUGGUGAUACGGUCCAACUCACACGUUCGUUCACACGGCCUUACACCCAGGAACGCUUCGAUGUUGAGCAGGCCAUCGCCAUAGAGAAGACUAAGAGUAUAGCACUCGCCCCUACCAAGACGUCUGAUGGCACCAUUCUCGUAGACUGGUACACGACCGACGACCCGGCGAAUCCGCAGAACUGGUCGCUCGGAAAGAAAUGGAUCGUCAUGGUCCAGAUGUGUUUGUAUACCAUGGGCGUCUACGGUGCAAGCAGCAUGUACGUCGCGGGUGAGCAAGGUGUCAUGCAACGUUUCAACGUCGGACCCACGGCCUCGUCGCUGGGCCUGGCCAUCUACGUUAUUGGAUAUGGUGUUGGCCCCCUCCUUUGGGCGCCAUUGAGCGAGAUCCCUGCCAUUGGACGGAAUUGGAUCUAUACACCGACCUUUUUUUUAUUCGUGAUCCUCUCGAUCGUUACUGCUGUUGUGAAUAAUUUUGCUGGUCUUCUUGUCCUCCGUUUCUUGACGGGAUUCUUUGGUUCACCAUGCCUAGCCAACGGAGGUGCUUCGAUCGGUGACAUCUUUGGAUUCAUCGAGCUUCCUAUUUACCUCGCCUCUUGGACCGUCGGAGCCUUCAAUGGCCCUGCCAUCGGUCCCGUUAUCUCAGGUUUUGCCAUCCAGGCCAAAGGCUGGCGGUGGGGCCUUUGGGAAGUUGUUUGGCUAUGUGGCCCGAUUUUUGCGGUCUUCUUUUUCUUCUAUCCAGAGACAUCUGCUGAUAAUAUCCUUCAACGCCGUGCCGCUCGUCUUCGAAAACUCACUGGAGCCACUAACAUCAAAUCUCAAUCCGAGAUCAACCAGGCUCAGAUGAAUGCCAAGGAGGUUGCCUUUGAUGCCCUGAUCAAGCCUAUUGAGAUUAUGCUACGUGACCCGGCCAUUGCAUUCACAAACGCCUAUACAGCUUUGACCUAUGGAAUCUACUACUCUUUCUUCGAAGCCUUCCCACUCGUAUAUCCAGUCAUAUACAACUUCAAUCUCGGUGAAGUGGGCUUAGUCUUCCUUUCCAUCUCUGUCGCCUGCUUUAUCGCCGUCACCGUCUUCAUUCUCUAUCAAGUCUACUACCUCAUUCCAGACAUCAAGAAAAAUGGCCUCCGCGCCCCAGAGCAUCGCCUCGUACCCGCUCUUCUGGGCGUCAUAAUCCUGCCUGCGGGUUUCUUCAUGUUUGGUUGGACAGCUCGCUACGGUGUCCCGUGGAUCGUGUCAGUGAUCGGCGUCGGUAUCGUUGUGCUGGGAAACUUCUUUAUCUUUCAGAGCGUCUUCAUCUAUCUGCCUCUCUCAUACCCGAAAUACGCGGCCUCGCUGUUCGCCGCCAAUGAUCUUGCUAGAUCCAUGUUUGCGGCUGGAUGUGUCCUGUUCGCACGACCUAUGUUCCUCAAUCUCGGCAUUGGUGGUGGAGUCAGUCUGCUUGCCGGCUUGAGUUGCCUGGGUAUCUUUGGCAUGUUCUAUCUUCAGAGGUAUGGCGCUUGGCUGAGGAGCAAGAGUACUUUUGCCGUCUCCUCUUAA